UCGGCACUGUUCAAGAUUAUAUCCUUACUGCGAGUACUGCUGCUGUUGAUAUGCACAUGCACUUAUGUUCGAGGUCAGUUUCCUUCGAUGCUAGACAAGAACAAGACUGGAGUUUUGGGACUAUUUUGGAAGGCAGCUCGCAUAGGAGAACGACUGUCACCAUAUGUGUCUAUUCUAUGUAUUGUCAUGGCUUGCAAGAUGAUGGUAUCUGAAUGA